UGGGAUGUAAAACCCACUGACGUUCCCGCCUUCUUGUCCAGUUUGAUUGACGAUCUGCGAGUUCUUCUGUGUGAUGGCCUUUUCAAUGGGGAGACAGAGCACACUCAACGCGUUGAGUUACAUAGUGUUAUUGCUGACGCUCCUACCAAAGCCCUACUGAAGCAAAUAAAGCAGCACAGUGGGUACUAUUGCUGUCCCAAUUGCAUUCAGAAAGCUGUCUAUAUCAAGGGACGCUUGGCCUUCCGAACGGGCGAUGCUAAGGCACGCACAGACUGGGAUUAUUGUGCCCGUGUUCACGAUGAUCAUCAUACCGGAAUAUCUCCCUUCGAGAGACUUCUAGUAGAUAUGAUUAGUGUGUUCCCGACAGACUACAUGCGUGCAGUCUGCCUGGGAUUGAUGAAACGGUUAAUUUUUGUGUGGCAAGAAACCGGUAACAACCGUCGACCACCUAUUGGCACAUCCAUGUGGCAGGUGGCACAGUAUCGGCUGAUGUUAGCCAUUAAAUCUGUGACCUGCGAGUUUUCCAGACGUUGUCGCAGUCUGAAUAAUGGAGAAUUUUGGAAGGCAACGGAGUAUCGGCAAUUUAUGCUGUACCUUGGACCGGUAAUCCUACAUCACAUCUUACCGUCAGAGGUGUAG